UCUGUUGUCUACCGGAUUUAAACGAAAUCCUCGCCUCAUUAUAGCCGAAAGACACUCCGUAAACUUUCUGUGCAUGAUGCACCCGGAUGAAUCCAGCCCAUGAAACGUAUGAUGACACUCUACCGAAAUUGUUUAACACUCACCACCGCCGGCCAUCGUCUGACGGAUGGCUGAUGUCGUGUCCGGCUCCCAGGCGAAUAAAUCAAAACCCAAAGACAGUGUAAACUGGACGCACGAACCGCGCGUGGUUGUGAACCCGAGCCCUCCGGCCGGCAGCUGUUUAUCAGAGCAAACACAACCAGAUAAACCCGGAGAGCACCCAAAAGAAGAUGGGACAGCAUCGUCCACAGCGUUCAGUGACAGUGUGUAGCCCGCGAGCGCGCGUCAGGAUAGCCGAGCAGGCCGAGCUCAUUACCGUGUGACAAUCCGUGCGAUGGGGCGUGUGGGUGUGCUGCGGCAAUAUAUGGCCACCGUUUUAGUGAAUCUACUCGGUGUUAGCUAUGGUAUGAUCAGUGGAUGGUCUUCAGCUGCACUGCCCACACUCCAGGCGCCUACCGAAAGUCUGCUCGAGUAUGGCGCCAUCACGCAGUACCAAGCGUCCUGGAUCGGUGGAGCACUCUGUCUCGGCGGUAUCGUUGGCACGCUCGUUGGCGGUACGAUGGUGGCACAGAUCGGGCGAAAGUGGACGGCCUGGGUAGCUGGCAUACCGUUGGUGGUGUGCUGGAUGCUGGUCAUCGUAGCCGAUCAUCCGAGCUAUCUGAUGGGCGCUCGUUUUCUCGGCGGUCUUGCGGGUGGCAUAGAGUUUGUCGUAACGCCACUCUACGUAUCGGAGAUAGCGUGCACAAGCCAUCGAGGCACUCUAUCCUCCUUGCUAAUUCUGGCCUGUUGUGUCGGUGUGGAGUUAGCAUAUCUCGCUGGUGCUUUCCUGCAUUAUCACACCAUCCCAUGGGUUUCCGUCGGUAUUCCGCUCUUCUUUCUCGGAAGCUUUUGUUUCCUGCCCGAAACACCUUCACACCUUGCCAGGAUGCAAAAGCUUGAGGCUGCCGAACAGUCGUUACGCUUCUUUCGUGGCAUCCGGUCGGAAAAGGAUACGGCCGGGGAGGACGAAUACAUCCGUGAACUUCAACUGCUGCAACGCAUGCAUUCUGGCCAAACCUUGGCAAAGGAUCCUACCGGCGUGCUAUCAUGGAGCGAUUUCAUGAGCAGACAUGCCCGACGCGCUAUGCUGAUCUGCGUGACACUGAUGGCGCUAAAUCAGUUUUGCGGUUGCUUCUACAUGAUGAACUAUGCACAGUCGGUGUUUGCCGAGUCCGGUUCGGUGCUUAGUGUGCCGGCCAGCCUAUCCGUGAUUGUGGUCGGUUUGAUUCAGCUCAUCGGAUGCUACGUCUGCACACUGCUAGUUGACCGUAUUGGGCGAAAGAUACUGCUACUUAUCUCGUCCGUCGGUUUAACGCUCGGACAGAGUGUCUUUGCUGCCUAUUGUUACGGUCAGCAGAUGGGCUACGAUCUGACGGCGUUCGGUUGGUUGCCGUUGGUAUGCUUUUCCGUUAUCGUUUUUAUUGGCACGGUCGGUCUCGGUACGAUGCCGUUUGUCGUGCUGGCAGAAAUCAUGCCACAGCAGAUCAAAGGUUUCGCUACGACCUUUUGCAUGGCGAUCAACUGGACAUUUGCGUUCAUCGCGUUAAAGUACUUCUCUACAUUGAGCAUUCUAUUAGGCAUGUACGGCAUAUUGAUGUUUUUUGCCAUUAGCUCCCUCAUCGGUACGCUGUUCGUGUUGCUUUGUAUGCCGGAAACAAAAGGAAAAACCUUUCAAGAAAUUCAAUACAUGAUGGAAAAAUAGACAAACAAAAACCGGUGCGACAAAAAACCACAAAAGUUGUAAAUAUAAUUCGUAAUAUUUACCGCCGUAACACUAAACAAACUCGUAAAAGUGAAUGAAAACAUAAACAUUUCGUGUAAUAGAUUUUUAGCUUUAAAGAGCUCACAUAAAAGAAACAAUUUCAGCAAAGACUUUAUGCACUUUGUCCACCACACGGAUGGUUCGCCGUAACACGUUUCAACAUUUCGUUAAUUACCAUUUGAUGCGUUUCUGCUGUUUCAUCGCCUGGAGGGCAAGUGAGAAAAAAUGGGCAUUAUUUUACCAGCGCCCGUACACCGUCUUACAACAAAUUCAUUGUCCGGUAAUGAGUACUUAAUUCGCUUAAAGCCCACGACCGCUUGGGACACGUGAUACGAAUGGUGAUUCGCACGACGGAAAGGCUUGCGUAGUGUAGCACAAUGGGUGUCGUAUUUCAAUUGUAGUUUACUUCCUCUAUCAGCGAGCAGGUAAAAUUGCUCAUUCGGUACAAUGUUACAAGAUAAAUUGAAAGUAAACUAAACUUUUUAUAUUGUAAUGAUUUGUAGCUAAACAAUAUUCAAGCAAUAAAGUAAAAAGGUUCUCCACUGGCCAUAGCUAACAA